AUGGACUCUCCACCGUCAUGUUCACUAAGCGCUACUGGACCUCUCAGUGAUCUUGGUAGCAGUGGAAUUGGAGGGUCCAUUUCUAGCGAUUCAGUUCGUGCGCAUCUUGCAAUCGAGAUGCAAGAAAGCGAUAUAGAAAGUAAAUCUUUGUCGCAAGAUUCUUUUGAUUAUUCAGAUGGUAUGUGUGGUGAAAAUUUUAAUACAUUGAAAAAAGGACCAGGAUGGACUGAUGCUGAUGGAAAACUAGAAGUUGAAGUGGUUGAUGUAGCUAUUAAACCUCCACCAGAGUUUCAAGAUAGCCCUUCUCCUCCUAACUCUGAAUCUUCGUCUGCACCGAUUCUUAGCUAUGCACGAUUAAUGAGACAAAAAGUUCCGCAAUUAAUAGAUGAAUACGCUGAAAAUUUAGUACAGACAACAAUUGAAGAAGCAUUAAUAAUAUCUUGUAGAAUAUCAUGGCCCGAAGGAAGAAUAGCGCCCGCGACAAAUCAUGUACCGGUGGUAACACGUAAUGUAUACAAUCCGAAACGUCUUUGGGCAACAGAUUUGUUGACACCUUCGUCGUGCCAGGGGGCUACCACUCUGAUUACUCCGUAUAAUACUUUGAAUCGUCCAAAUUCACGAUGUUCUCUAGCCUCUUCUCGUUUGUCCAGUUCUCAUAAUUCAAUAAAUACCUCAGGACUGAGUCAUAAAGCGGAUGACAGCAGUUUUAUCACUUCUGCUAUGUCACAUGACGUUUUAACGACCAGUGAGAUAAGUGAUAUGUACAAUGUGCCCUUCGAUUCUGACAUUUAUACUGUACCAAUAGAUGUAGUUAGACCUUUGCAUGAUCUUAGAACACCGCAAAGGCCUAAACGUCAUAGACAUCAUCGAAAAAGAAGAAGAAACGUAUCCGCAAGUUCUCAGAGUGAACUAGAAGCCCAUAUUCAACAGGCAAGGCAUUACUGUGGAAAACCUCGGGCUAUUACCCAUGUUAUCAAAUCACAGAGACUAUUAUCCGAUGUAUGUUGCAAUGAAACCGGAAACGGAAAGCGUCAUAGUGUUCCAGGUACAUCUGGCCGACAUACAUCUCGAACAUCCAAUGGUCACAUGCAUAAUAUCGGUGAACCAAUUCAUAUGACUUUACAUGAAGUGCGUCAAUAUUUGCAAACACUAUACUCAAGCUCCAGUGAUUCUAGUGAAAAUAAAAUUAAACGCGAUAAUAAAGCCCCGAUAAGUCAUACACCUGUACACCUUGCAAUGCCAAAAGGUAUUAGUGUAAAUAAUAACAAUAGGUAUAGUAAUCCGCAUACAGAUUCAGCGAUGGAUACUCCGAUUUCAAACAAAAAUAGCAAUGGACUGAUUCACAAUAACAAUAAUAAUAAUAAUAAUAAUAACAAUAACAAUAAUAAUGGUAAUCUUAAGAAACAUAAAAAAAAUUCGUUCGUUAGUAUUAAACAUAAAAAAGUAAAAGAGGAACCACAUAAGGAAAAGGUUGAUUCUGAAAGAGAGAAGAUUAAGAAGAGUCAGCGGAAUUUCUCGUUAAAUUUGAAACAAACACUUUGCAAUAUCUUUAGAUUCAGGCGUUUGGGUUCUCCGGACCACUUCGUAGAAAAAAGAAAUAGCAUUGUACAGGGUGAAAUUGUAGAAGAGGAAGAGGGUGUUGAUUCUGACCAACAUGCUAAUAAUAAUAAUACUACCUCAGAGGUAGAUUCCUCUGUACAAAAGCUACCUUUUUUUAAGCGUGCAUUACCACCGUUGCCGAAAAGCAAUGGACAUGUAGGAUGCGUGGAGCAAGCGGAAGAUGCGCUUACAACGAUGGUAUCAAAAUGUGAAAGUCCAACUUCUAUACCACCACAAAUGCCUCCACCUGCGCCAAAAGUCGAGGAUGAACCAGCAGAGGAUACCAGUAUGGAUUUUGCUGCUAGUAUUGAGAAAGUAAAAGAUUAUGGAUGGUAUUGGGGCCCAAUAUCCGGUGAAGCUGCAGAGAAAAUACUGUCCAAUGAACCAGAUGGGUCAUUCAUUGUAAGAGACAGUAGUGAUGAUCAUUAUAUUUUCUCCUUAUCAUUUAGACUUAACAGUUGUGUGCGGCACGUAAGAAUAGAGCAUGAUCAGGGUAAUUUCAGCUUUGGAAGUUGCACAAAAUUCAAAUCCCACACAAUUGUCGACUUCAUUGAGAAUGCAGUAGAACAUUCGCGUAGUGGACGAUACUUGUUUUUUCUUCAUCGGCGGCCAGUGUUAGGUCCAAUGCGUGUGCAACUUCUUCAUCCAGUGUCAAGAUUCAAACAGGUUCAAAGCUUGCAGCAUACAUGCAGAUUUGUUAUUUUGAAAAUGGUACGCAGGGAUCUUAUUCCAACUCUACCUCUGCCUCGGCGGCUCAUUGAUUAUCUGAGCACGCCGCAUUACUACAGUGAGCAAUUAGCUGAACAAGAUGACAGAGCCGAAUCUCCUGUUAGUUCUUCAACUGGUGAAUUAGAGAAGAUUUGUUUCACACCACAAGGCCUAUCGUGA